AUGGAUACCGUCAAGAUAAGCGAAUUGCUUCGUGCUACCAUCGACCCAACGCAACGAUUGCAGGCCGAGGAGCAGCUAAAUCAGGUACACAAGAUCAUCGGUUUCCUGCCCAGCCUGAUGCAGGUGAUUAUGCAAAAUGAGCUGGAAAUACCGGUCCGAUUGGCGGGUGCCAUCUACAUGAAGAACCUGAUCAACAGCAGCUGGCAGGACCGCGAGGCGGAAUGUGGCAAUCCGAUCCCGUUUGCCAUUCACGAGCAGGAUCGGGCCAUGAUCCGUGACACGGUCGUGGAAGCGAUCGUGCACGUGCCGGCUGAGGUGAUCAAGGUGCAGCUGUGCUUCUGCCUGAGCCACAUCAUCAAGAACGAUUUUCCGGGCCGGUGGACGCAGGUAGUGGACAAGGUGAGCCUCUGCCUGCAAAACAGCGACCCGAACGCGUGGCACGGUGCGCUACUCUGCAUGUACCAGCUGGUGAAACACUACGAAUACAAGAAGUCAGCGGAACGUGGCCCGCUUACCGAGGCGAUGAAUCUGCUGCUGCCACAGAUCUACACCAUCAUGAUGAACGUGAUCAACGAACCGUCGGAGCAGAGUGUGCUGUUGCAGAAGCAAAUACUGAAGAUAUUCUACGCGCUCACGCAGUACUCGUUACCGCUGGAGGUGAUCACGAAAGAUGUGUUUUCGUGCUGGAUGGAAAUCUGCCGCCAGGUUCUGGAACGUCCGGCUCCGGAUGCGUCGCACAUUGAGGAAGAGGAACGGCCACAGCAUCCUGCGUGGAAAACGAAAAAGUGGGCCUCUCAUAUCAUUCUGCGAAUGUUCGAACGGUACGGCAGUCCCGGCUCCGUCAUCUCGAAGGAGUACAAAGAAUUUUCCACCUGGUUCCUGCAAACGUUCACCAGCGGUCUGCUGAUGGUGUUGCUGAAGAUUCUGGACCAGUAUCGCAACAAGAUCUACGUGUCGCCGCGCGUCAUGACGAACACGCUCGACUACAUCAAGACGGCCGUUUCGCACGCGUUCUCGUGGAAGAUGCUGAAACCGCACAUGAUUGAAAUCAUCCGGGACGUGAUCUUCCCGCUGAUGUCGUACACCGACGCGGACGAGGAGCUGUGGGAGAACGACCCGAUCGAGUACAUCCGCAAGAAGUUCGACGUGUUUGAUGAUUUCGUGUCGCCGGUACAGUCGGCCGAAACGCUACUGCACAACUGCUGCAAAACGCGCAAAGGCAUCCUGACGCAGGUGAUGCAAAUCAUUAUGCAAAUCAUCAACACGCCCGGGCUGGACCACAAGGAGAAGGACGGCGCUUUGCAUAUGGUUGGUUCGCUGGCAGAAGUACUGCUGAGGAAGAAAAUCUUCAAGGAGCAAGUCGAGCAGCUGUUGAUGCAGUACGUCUUUCCGGAGUUUGCCAGUCCGCACGGGCAUCUGCGUGCGCGGGCCUGCUGGGUGAUGCAUUAUUUCAGCGAUAUCAAGCUCAAGAACCCGCAGGUGCUGGAGCAGAUCAUGCGUAACUUGAGCAACGCGCUACUCACCGACAAAGAUCUCCCGGUGAAGGUGGAAGCGGCCAUGUCUAUGCAGAUGUUCCUCAUCUCGCAGGACGAUGCCGCACCGUUCCUGGAGAGCCAGAUAAAGGAUAUCACGAUGGAGUUGCUAAGGAUCAUUCGCGAGACGGAGAACGAAGAACUGACGACCGUUUUGCAAAAGAUCGUUUGCACGUACUCAGAUCAGCUGCCCCCGAUAGCGCUUGACAUCUGUCAGCAUUUGGCCACCACGUUUAGCCAGGUGUUGGAAACGGAGGAAAACAAUGAUGAGAAGGCAAUUACUGCGAUGGGACUGCUGAGUACGAUGGAAACACUGUUGGCCGUAAUGGAAGAACAUCCGCAGGUUCUGGCAGCACUGCAUCCGAUCGUGCUGCAGGUGAUCGGGCAUGUGCUGCAGCAGAAUGUGGUCGAGUUUUACGAGGAAGCGUUCGGGCUGGUGUGCGAUUUGACAUCCAAGAGUAUCUCGCCGGACAUGUGGAAGAUGCUGCAAAUCAUUUAUGAGCUUUUCCAGAAAAAUGGAGCCGAAUACUUUGUCGAUAUGAUGCCAGCCCUGCACAACUACAUAACGGUCGAUACGCGCGCUUUUCUUUCAAAUCCGAAUCACGUCAUCGCGAUGUACAACAUGUGCAAGUCGAUCCUCACCAGUACCGCUACGGAAGAGUCGGAGUGUAGUGCUGCCAAAUUGCUAGAAGUAAUUAUCCUACAGUGCAAGGGCCUCAUCGAUGAAUUCAUACCGAGCUUCGUGGAGCUGGCAUUAAUGCGGUUGACUAGAGAGGUGAAAACGUCCGAGCUGCGAACCAUGUGCUUACAGGUGGUUAUUGCAGCUAUCUAUUACAAUCCUACCCUCCUGUUAGACAUUUUGGAAAAAAUUCCCAUACCGGUCCCCGAUUCGUGUAUUACCGCUCACUUCAUCCGACAAUGGCUACACGAUUACGAUUGUUUCCUUGGCAUUCACGAUCGUAAGCUGUGCAUUAUUGGCCUGUGCACGUUGCUGUCGCUGGGCGAACGCAAACCGACUGUACUGAGCGAGCUGCCGGACAAAAUCAUUCCAACGAUGCUGAUGGUUUUCGACGGACUGAAGCGUGCCUAUGCCGCCCGUGCAGCCGAGGGCGAAGAGGAGGAGAGUGAGGACGAAAGCGAAGAUCUGGAAGAUGGAUUGUCGAGCGAUGAGGAUGAUGUGGAUGAAAUUAACCCAUACUUCAAGAACAUGUCGAAGAUGGUGCAGGAACGAGGAGCAGAGGCUGGUUUCGAAGUAACUGCAUCGAUUCAGGAUGCUGAUUCCGAUGAAGACGACGAUGACGACGACGAUGAUGAUGACGAUGGUGAUGAAAUCGAUGAAACUGCACUGGAAAGCUAUACAACACCACUGGACGAUGAGGAAAAUCCCAACACGGUGGAUGAGUACAUUAUGUUCCAAGACAUUAUGAACAAUCUUCCCAGCACUGACCCGAACUGGUAUACGAUGCUUACCAGAAAUUUGAAUGCAUCCGAGCGAAAGAACCUGCAAGAAGUGUUGGUGUUGGCCGGUCAGAAAAAGGAAACAAAGCGCUCGAAAGAAAUUGAAAAGAGUGGAGGUUAUCAGUUCACGCAGCAUCAGAUACCAACCAGCUUUAGCUUUACGGGACAGCAACAACAGUAA